UCUGCCUCGAGGGGUCGUUGAUGGCGUUUGCAGGUUGACGUUAGGUGCCGAGUAUGCCUCGACGAACCACACCAGCGAGAAUGGUCUAGGGUAUUUGACUGCCAAUUUUGCCGCGGUGGCUAGUGCUUGCGUCCUCCCUGGACCCUUCGCUCCACCAGCACUGUCGUGGAUGCUCGAUUCUCUGUCACGGUCUGGUCUUGUCAGCAUCCACCACCGCGGCACAACACGAUCUUCGCAUCGCUUAAGUGGAGACAAUCACUUAAUCAUCUGGAACAGCACUAUACUGGCUCCCCGGUUGUCUCCCAGCUCGGCCCGUCAGAUGCCCGGAUUCGUGCCACGGCCCAGGCGCGUACAUGCUGUGGAUGGAGAGGACAAGCUCCAGGAGGAUGGCGAGUUCGAGGGCCUCGAACUUGGCAUGGGGUUUGGGCUGGAGAUGGAUCUCGCCCCGUGGCCCUUGACUGGAUUCACUGGAUUCACUGGAUUCACUGGAUCCGGACAACCAGGCAUGGAACUGGAAUUUCAUGCAGCUCAAGCGCAUGUCAUCAACGGGUUGCCGGAGCUUGUAGCCUCUGCUGAGGUGCCUUCCUCCGGAUGGGCCUGCUCAAACGGUGGUUUUUCCACCGUUUCUCCAGAACUCGGCCCGGGAUUCUGCGGCGAAAGAGAAGGCGGGAUCUACGGUGCAGGGCCGACUCCUUUCUCUGCCGAUUUCAGCCCUUACUUUGAUGGCAGUGCCUGUAAUCCCGCAGGAACUUUCGACUUUGGUGCUCCCAUGUCUCUUGCGGCUCUCUCCGGAGUUAGCCGCGUCUCGGACGAGUAGUGUUCCGAAAGCAUGGGUAGCAUCAUGGCGGACAGUUCUUCGCAGGAUUCCAAUGAUUACGCUUACUGUCAGCUCCAACCCGGUCCUUCUUUCGUUGACAGUACUUCCAAUUUUGCACUUGAGCCACUACAAACCGGUG